CCAGUCCCCCCCUUGAUCCUUUUUUAUUUUCGAUCGUCGCACCCCACCUCUCCCUCUUCCUCAUCACACUAACAUCACAGUUUCGAUCAAAGAGCAUCUCGUCAAUUCAGAAUGCUGCGCUUUUCCUCGCCCGCUUCGGCCAGAGUGAUUAGCCCUUCAAGACGUUCCAUCGUCAGCCGACAUCAACAUCAUUGGUUGAAGCUUCAACAAACACAGCACCAGCAACAGAGAUUUCUAGCGAAUACAAAGAUUCCUCGGCCUAGUACAAAAGCUGAAUGGAGUAUCGGGGAUGCCAGCCCCCCGGUCCUUCCCGACCGGGCAAGUCCAGCGACUCCCGCAAAGCCUCCUGCAGCAGCAGCUUCAUCUGUAUCUCCCGCACUGAAGAUAACCACAAUUCCCAUAACUCCAUCAAGUACUCCACCCACUCAAAUACCACUUACUACACCCUCUCCCACAAAAGCACAGACGUCCCCGCCGAUACCAACGCCUAAAGUUCCUCCUCCGGCUACAGCAAGUACCGGAUCUUCUGCUCCUCCGCUGCCCCCAUCACCAGUAUCCUCUCCUGUGACUUUACCAAAGCAGCCUAAGAAGACCCACCGGUUCCGGAAUUUUGUCGUUGGAUUGGCAUUCCUUACGGGGUUAUCUUUCGCCGGUGGAGUUUUCUACUCUUUAAAAUCUGAUAACUUUCAUGACUUUUUCACCGAGUACAUUCCAUUUGGGGAAGAAGCGGUUCUUUAUUUUGAAGAGCGCGAAUUCCGCCGGAGAUUCCCGAACGCACUUUCUCGUGUUGCUCCGCCACCUAUAGACUCCCCGAAGGUUGUUAUUCCCAAGGCUUCUGGCGCAACAUGGAAGGUUUUUGAGCCUGCCGGAGACAAGAAAGUGACAGAUGUGGGUAAACAUGGGCCUCACAUUUCUUCCAGAGGCACAGUAGAACAAGAGAAAGAGAGGGCCAGUGCAAUAGAUGCAUCGGUUAGUUCGGGAAUUGGUGCCGCCAAGGUCGGGGUUGUUGAAAAACCAGGAAAGCCAAAAACCCCAACAGUACAGAUAGCUCUGAUUGACAUGAAAGAUGUAGAGGAUCCUGUUGUGCGCGAUUUAGCCAAAGUGGUCAAUUCCAUCAUUGCUCUUGUGAACAAGAGCGAAUCCCCUAAUGUGUUCGACUCGGUUAUUGCUACGGCCAAGUCAGAGCUUUCACACUUGAAUUCGCAGAUUGCAUCCAUAAAGCAAGGCUUGGAGAGGACGGUAAAGGAGAAGGACUUAGAAUUUACCACCGCCGCCCAAGGUUUGCUCAAGAAUGUGGACAAUGAAAUCACAAAUAUUGAGCAUAAGUGGAGAGAAGAGUUUGAGAAUGAGCGCGACAAAAUGGCUCAAUCAUACCGGGAGAAGCUUCACACAGAGCUUCAGCGCUCCGGUGAAGUAGCUGAACACCGCCUUCGUAACGAGUUGCUUGAACAAGCCAUUGCGAUGAAGAAAAAAUGGAUUCGGGAGAUUGAAGGCCGGGUCGAGAGUGAGCGUAACGGACGACUUGGGAAAUUGAAGGAGCUCAGCGGAUUCAUUGAGGAAUUGACCAAGCUCUCGACCGCUUGGACAGACAUCCUUGAUGCCAACCUGAAGGCCCAACAGAUGCAUGUGGCACUAGAAGCUGUCAGGGCAGCAUACGAAUCCCCUGAACAGCCAAAGCCUUUCCUACGGGAACUGGCUGCCUUGAAGGAAGUGGCAGAUGAUGACGAGGUUGUUCGGGCAGCCAUUGCUUCCAUCAACCCUCUUGCAUACCAGAAGGGCGUCUCAACUCCCACUCAGCUGAUCGAUCGUUUCCGUCGUGUUUCUGAUGAAGUUCGAAAGGCCUCUCUGCUUCCAGAAGAUGCUGGAGUUGCCGGUCAUGCUGCCAGUUGGGUUUUGAGCAAGGUUCUCUUUCGGAAGAAGGGGCUUGCCCAGGGGGAUGACGUGGAGAGUAUCUUGACUAGAACCGAGACCUAUCUCGAGGAGGGGGACAUCGACAAUGCUGCUAGAGAAAUGAACCAGCUUAGUGGGUGGGCGAGGGUGCUGGCCAAAGAUUGGCUCAAGGAGGCGAGAUUGCUUUUGGAAGUCCAGCAGGCCGUUGGGGUUAUCGCUGCGGAAGCCAGACUCCAGAGCCUGCGGGUGCACAAACCGUAGUACCAGUACUAGUAGUGAUAGUUGUAGAGAACAAUUGCGCCCAGAAUCUUCUAAUUUUUUGUUUGACCAUUUCUGGGAUUACAGUAAACAAAAGCCUUUUAUUUUUUACCUUUUCCAUUUUUUCCUUUCCUUUCCCUCUACUUGUUUCACUUUU